UUCCCUCACACCGAACCUGCGGGAAGAUGGCGUCGGCGGCGGAAGCCGAGGGAACGGUCCUCGCUGCUGGAGCUGAUUGGAACCAUGAAGGUCUUCUGUGGCCGAGCCAAUCCAACCACAGGAGCCAUGGAGUGGUUGGAGGAAGAUGAACACUAUGAUUACCACCAGGAGAUUGCCAGGUCAUCUUAUGCAGAUAUGCUACAUGACAAAGACAGGAAUAUAAAAUAUUAUGGGGGUAUCCGGGCUGCCGUGAGCAGGGUGAAGGACAGAGGACAGAAGGCCUUGAUUCUUGACAUUGGCACUGGCACUGGACUUUUAUCAAUGAUGGCAGUCACAGCAGGUGCUGACUUCUGCUAUGCUAUUGAGGUUUUCAAGCCUAUGGCUGAUGCUGCCGUAAAGAUUGUGGAGGAAAAUGGCUUCAGUGAUAAGAUUAAAGUUAUCAACAAGCAUUCUACGGAGGUGACUGUAGGACCAGAUGGUGAUAUGCCAUGCCGUGCCAACAUCCUGGUCACAGAGCUAUUUGACACAGAACUGAUUGGGGAGGGAGCAUUGCCCUCCUACGAGCAUGCACAUAGGCAUCUUGUACAGGAAAAUUGUGAGGCAGUGCCUCACAGGGCAACUGUCUAUGCACAGCUGGUAGAAUCCAGAAGGAUGUGGUCAUGGAACAAGCUGUUUCCUGUCCGUGUUCAGACCAGCCUUGGAGAGCAGGUCAUCAUCCCUCCCUCAGAUCUGGAGAGGUGCCCUGGUGCACCCUCUGUCUAUGACAUCCAGCUGAACCAAGUGUCACCUGCUGACUUUACUGUCCUCAGCGAUGUGCUACCUAUGUUCAGUGUGGACUUCAGCAAGCAGGUCAGUAGCUCGGCAGCCUGCCAUAGCAGACAGUUUGAACCUUUGGCAUCUGGCCGAGCUCAGGUGGUUCUCUCCUGGUGGGACAUUGAAAUGGAUCCUGAGGGGAAGAUCAAGUGUACCAUGGCCCCCUUCUGGGCACACUCUGAUCCAGAGGGGCUCCAGUGGCGGGACCAUUGGAUGCAGUGUGUGUACUUCCUGCCACAAGAGGAGCCUGUUGUACAAGGUGCAGCCCUCUGCCUGUUGGCUCACCAUGAUGACUACUGUGUGUGGUUUAGCCUUCAGAGGACCUGCCCUGAAGAGAGUGGGAGAGUCCAACACAUGCGCCCCGUGUGUGACUGCCAAGCUCACCUGCUCUGGAACCGGCCUCGGUUUGGAGAGAUCAAUGAUCAGGGCAGAACUGAUCAGUAUGCCCAGGCCCUGAGGACUGUGCUGAUGCCAGACAGUGUCUGCCUCUGUGUCAGUGAUGGCAGUCUGCUCUCAAUGUUGGUCCAUCACCUCGGGGCAGAGCAGGUAUUUACAGUCGAGAGUUCAGCAGUUUCCCAUAAUCUGAUGAAAAAGAUCUUCAAGGCUAACCAUUUGGAAGAUAAAAUUAAUAUCAUUGAGAAAAGGCCUGAAUUUCUAACAUCUGCAGACCUGGAGGGUAAGAAGGUGAGGAUCAGGAGCUUCUUGGUCAGGCUGGGGCUAUAUGAGUGUGGACAGUGCAGCCCUGAGGUGGUCCCAGCUCUGCCAUGUCCUCUAGGCCUCUUAGUGUCCCCCAUGUAACUAAUCAGCUUAGACUGGCCACUGUGAAGUGUGUGGUGAGGUAUGUAUAGAGAGGCCCGAUGAGUCUGGUCUGCCCCUCAAGUGAGGGAAGGGAACCUGUUGCAAUCGGAGGAACAUAAUGUGGCUCCUCUCCCUUUUACCUUCACUGCAACCCUGUCUUAUUUCUUCCUGUUCAUAUCCCGUACCAAAAUUGUUCUAGUUCCUGAAACUGCUCCCACUAGAGACCUUAGGGUUUCCAAAUCCAGGUGUCCCUGCAUACUCCAGCUGCUCAUGCCCUUGGGCCCUUGCAGCCCUGAGGACCUCCCUUUUUUUAUCUCUAGGAAACUGCUCACCCCAGUU